UGUAAAAGGUUAAUCAUUUAAAUCAUUGAUUCGUAUCUAUUUCUUAUUACCAAGUGCACCUAGUACCUACACCUAGUCCUCUGGCUAGAUCCAGACACUCUAGAUUCUUUGCUCUGCUCUGCUCUGCUCUGCUUUGCUUUCCGUGAUCCGUUUUUCGUUUAUUUUCAUCUAGGAAUUCCAUCCCAUUACCGUUACCAUUACCAUUACCAUUGAAUCAAUCAUCACAUCCAUCCAUCCAAUCAAUCUUAUACAUUUGGAUUUCCGAGACCAACUCUCAUUCAGCCUAAACACACUUAACCUGCACUCUUCACUCUUCACUCUGCCCUACCCCAUACAUACCUACAUCCAUCCUUCGUUCAUAUCAUUCUUCUCUCUCUCGCCAAAGGAGCAUCCGUCUCACCAUUUAUUCAUUCAUUCAUCCACUCAUCCACUCAUCCACUCAUUCACUCAUUCACUCUUGACCCCAAAUCCUACUCGAAUCUGGUCGCUUUUCUGUAACCUCCCCGUUAGCCACAUCCACUCAUUAUUUCCCUUUCUAUUCAUUAAGGUUCAUCCAUCCAUCCAUCCAUCCAUCCAUCACAUCACAUCACAUCACAUCACAUCAUACAGCAAUCUGGGAACUUGCAUAUCCCGUACACUUACAUACACUCAUACAUACACAUUGUUCACUCUUCACCCAUCCCUGGUACAUAUAGGUACAGACAUACACAUACGAUAUACCUUGUUAAACCUUUUUAACCUUUUUCCCUCAAUUCUCGUGCCAUUGCGCGUAUCAUCACACCCAUCGAUCCCCUUUUUCUAAACCACGCACGCAACAACCCUCCACACACACACACAUUACCUUGGAUCUUAUUUUACACCACAACCACACUCUUUCAACUUUAUCACUCAAUACUCGUGAUAUCGUUUUUAAUUUUCAAACACAAAUUAAGGUCGCUGCUACUGCUGGGCUGUGGUUAGCUUUCAAAAUUACGAUACCCCAAAUAACGAGCGUUGCGUUGAAUUGAUUCAUCGGGAUUUUUGUCAUUUGCUUGCUUCAAUCUAUUGAAGUAGAUUCCUUAAUUCAGUCACUGCAGCUGAAACAUCACUUCAACCACCCACCAACCUAUUCUACGAACCUCUUCAAUAUUGGAUUUACUUAUUUCCUCGAUUUUCUUCAUCCUCGAUUGACAAUUCGUUCGAUUGAAUCGAAUGCUCUUAUUUGCGACGAUAAUACCUGAGUCGACAAUAAUAAUUACGUUCAACAAUAACAACAACCCUCUCCCUCUCUCGAUCUUGUAGAUCUUACUUAGACCCAACAAAACAUUAACCUCGCCUUCACCACACACAAUGAAUCAAUCGGAUUAUAAAGGUCGGAGGACAGCGGGAAUGCGUGGAAUGAGUAUGGAUACUAUUCUAGGAGAUCCAUUCGCGCUGGCGACCAUCUCGAUUGCCAUGCUUGCAUGGCUUAUUGCUUUCAUUGGAUCGAUAUUGGCGACUGCAUCACACGCAUCUAAUGACGGAUUUCCAAAUUAUUCAUGGUUUACGAUUGCAUAUAUGCUGUGUUGCAUUCUAGGUAUAUUUGUCGUGAUAGCAUCGGAUACAACUCAAACCUAUCAUGUUGCUAUCGUUGGUUUCUUGGCUACCGGUCUCGUGUUAACAAGUUCAUCGGUUAAUUCAUUAAUUUAUUCUUCAAAUGGAGCAAAAGAAGCAGCUGCUGCCGGACACAUCCUUCUCUCUAUGGUUGCGAUUAUUUGGAUGUUCUACUUUGGAUCAACACCUUCAGCGGUACCUCGAGCAUACCUUGACUCGUUCGCACUUCAUAAAGACCACAGAGUAUCGUCAGGAAGAGGAAUGUCGACUGCUUAUGGAAAUGGUUAUGGAAUUGGUCGACCGGAUACUUCAAUCUCGUCAAACGUUCCACCCCAAAUGUAUACAUCAGCGCAAUUAGGUGGUUUCGAAACAUCUUCACCAGUAGCAGGAUUCCCAGGAGGUGCCGCAGGAGCCGAGCGCAACUCAUCACAACCAAGAUUUGGAGCCAGCAAUCUUGGUCCAAAUGGUGGAAUGGGUUCAGAACCUACACCAGGAGAAGUCAUCCAACCUACAGAAUACCCAUAUCGAGCAAAGGCCAUUUACUCUUACGAUGCCAAUCCAGAUGAUGCAAACGAGAUUAGUUUCGCCAAACACGAAAUAUUAGAAGUCUCAGACGUAAGUGGGAGAUGGUGGCAAGCCAAGAAAGAAAACGGAGACACUGGAAUAGCACCUUCGAAUUACCUAAUCUUAUUAUAAGGAUGAAUAAGGUUCUUGGGGAUGUCAUGGUGAAAAUACCAAUAUACAACAGCACACCUUCGUUGAUAGGAAUUGGGAAUUGGGAAUAUAUCAAAGGUGCGGGGAUGGGAAUAGUUUUCUCCAAAGAUAUAUGGAAUCACUGGAGUGCCAUUAUGGGGUUCAAAGGUUUUGGUUGGGAGUUUAUGUAAUAAAGUCAAUGUGUUACGAUUGGGAACUUUUUUCUUUCUUUACUCUUUUUUUUUAUACCUCAUUUUACUUUUCAUUCUUUUUCUGCCUUUCUUACUUCUAGCUCUUGCUUCAUUUUUUGUUUCCCUUAUGGGUUUUUGAUUUACAAUGCCCUUUUGUGUUAAUCAAAAAUGCUAGGUGAACUAUGCAAAUGCGAUGGGCUUCGGAGUUGGGGAAUAAGUACACUACCCGGCUAAUUUGUGAUGACCUACAUAGCUGAGUGGAUCAGAACGUGAGAGAGGGAUUUGAGAGAAUGGAGUUGAUUAUUUGGGGGUGAAUUCGGUUGAUGGAUGAGGGAUGCUGAUUGGGCUACCUGGCUGAAUUUGUUCAGACCUGUCUUUUGGUUCCUGGCUACCGGCUCUUGGCUCUCAUAGUGAUAAUUGGGAAUUGAGGAUAUGGAGGAGUGAAAUUGUAUGGCGCGUGGAGAUAAUGAUACGGGCAUUGAGAUGCCAGGCUAGACUGAACAGGGCCGAGGAUGAGGGUUGAGUUGGUGAAAUAGUCCGGGGGAUGGGAAGAUACAAGUGCAUGAUUUGGGAAGUGUGGGCGAGGACUUGAUUAUAAGAUAAGAUAAAUAAGGUACAAGGUAGAAAUGGAAUACAAAUGGUAAAGAAAUACAAGUGGAAACUUUGUUUGGUGAGAUGUGAUGUGAUGUGGUUGGUGAUUAUCUAGGGUAUAUGUUGCGUAUGUCUAGGGAUCUUGAAGAAUUAGAAUUUUUCUUUGGUUGAGUUGGGAUUGUGGUUGGGGUUAUGGUAGAGAGAAGUAGAGGUAGAGGUAGAGGUAGAGGUAGAGAUCAAAGUUGAAGUUGAGUUUUGAGGUAUUAAGAAAAUGGACGGAAAGGAAAGGAAUUAGACUACUCUGUUCUUGGGUGGAUAGGAAGUAGAUUACUCUUGA